AAUUUGUAGUCAUACAUCAUAAAGAAGGUCCCAACACUAUCACACCCAUCUUUCUCCGUAAAAUGAUGCCUCCCGUAAAAGAAGAAAAAGACCAAAGAAAUUGUUAACCAUCUCACUUGGUUCUUUUCAACUGGUUUAUGGCAUUUUUUCAGGCAUACCAUAUGUCAAAUUUUUAUCAAUUAAAAUUACUCCUACACUUGUUUCUUCCAUCUCUUUUAGACCCAAAAAAUAACAAAAAGGUAAUACAAAUGAAAGUGAAGAAACACACGAUGCUUCGUAUAUUAUAUUAUUGGACUCGCUUCCUUUGGGAUGUGUCUCUUUUGUAAACUUAUAAAAUAUCUCUUCCCAUUGACCUCCAGACAGGUUUAUCUUCAGCUCUAACAAGCCUUUGAAAUUCUGAAUAUCUAGAUAGCUUCACCCUCUUCAACACCCCAUAUUGAUGGCAGCCAAAAGUUUUGGCUGCCGGGUUGUUAAUCGAUCCAAAUCGCCUGUUGUUUUUAUGAUCUUGUUUGCUCUUCUAAUGUUUUCGAUGCUGGCAGAUAGUAUUGUUUCUAAAAUAUCACUUGAAUCGGCUGCUUUCAAUCAGAAACGUGAUUACCAGGUGUUGCAGAGUCCGAAAGUUGUAAGAAAUUUCAAGAGGAAUGUUGUUUUUCCUCUGCCAUUGACUGUUUCUACACAAAACAAGAUCAUCAGGGUCGAUAAUGAACAUGGGAUUGGGAAAUUCAGGAGAAGAAGACUGCCAGAGCAUGAGGUUUUCAUGUCAGAUGAGUUGACAAAGAAGUUCCAUGGCCGAGUUCUUGAAUUCUUCAACCAUGGGUGCGAGGUUCACUUCUUCAUGACAUGGAUUGCCAAGGUAGGGUCCUUUGGAAGAAGGGAAAUCAUGGCAGUGGAAAGCGUUUUUAAAGCUCAUCCUAAUGGUUGCUUGAUGAUUCUAUCCAGAACCAUGGACUCAGUACAAGGUUACAGGAUCCUGAAACCGUUGCUUGAUCGUGGUUUCAAAGUUCUAGCAGUGGCCCCAGACUUCCCAUUUCUGGUGAAGAACACACCCGCUGAAGCUUGGCUUGAUGAUAUGAAGAGUGGGAAAAAGGACCCUGGUGAGAUUCCAUUGGCUCAGAAUCUAUCUAAUUUAUUGAGGCUUGCUGUUCUAUACAAGUACGGUGGUGUUUACUUAGACACGGACUUCAUAGUGCUGAGGAGUUUUAAAGGGUUGAAGAACACAAUUGGAGCACAAAGCAUUGAUGUGGUGUCUAAGAACUGGACAAGAUUGAACAAUGCAGUGCUGGUCUUUGAUAUGAACCAUCCACUCGUACUCAAGUUCAUUGAGGAAUUUGCUUUGACAUUUGAUGGGAACAAAUGGGGACACAAUGGGCCCUAUAUGGUUUCCAGGGUGGUUCGUGGAGUAGAAGGGAGAGCUGGUUAUAAUUUUACGAUCUUACCACCUAUGGCUUUUUAUCCUGUUGAUUGGAUGAAAAUAGGGAGCCUCUUUAAGCUGCCUAACGAUAGCGCUGAGUGGAGGUGGAUAGAAGCUAAGGUGUUGCAGCUAAAGAGGCAAACAUAUGGAGUACAUCUCUGGAAUAAGCAAAGUAGCAAAUUAAUGGUUGAAGAGGGAAGUGUAAUGGGAAGAUUAAUGGCAGAAAAUUGUGUUUUGUGUAAACAUGUGUAUAGUUCUUAAAAAGAAAGUGAUGGUGAAGCUUAUUCAAUCAAAACAGAUUGUCCUAUAGUUAAGCGUCAAAAUGUUGUGCCCCAAUUCAAGGGCCUCUCAUUAUAAAUUAAAUGUGAAUCGAGACCGGGUAAGGGUAAGUUAUAGAAAGUAGUAAAUAUAGUUGUGAUCUUUAAUCUCUCUCUUAAUGAAAUGGUCUAGUUAAAGCUCA